AUGGGGCGUCUCGUAAAUGGAACUGGUCUCUUAGUUUUGUUAUGGUUAAAUGUUUUUGUGGUGAAUAAUGUGGCUGCAAGAGAGGGUGUGAGUUUUGGCAAAUAUGAAGAGGAGAAGACGUUCUUUAGAGGUGGAAAGGGCUUUGGAGGCGGUCUUGGUGGAGGAUUUGGCAAAGGUGGUGGCUUUUGUGGCGGAAUCGGAAAAGGCUUAGGCUUAGGCGGUGGUUUUGGUAAAGGUGGUGGGUUUGGUGGAGGAAUAGGCAAAGGCGGUGGUUUUGGAAAAGGUGGUGGCUUCGGCUUCGGUGGAGGAAUAGGCAAAGGUGGUGGUUUUGGCGACGGCUUUGGAAAAGGUGGUGGCUUCGGUGGAGGAAUAGGCAAAGGCGGUGGUUUUGGAGAUGGUUUUGGAAAAGGCGGUGGCUUCGGUGGAGGAAUAGGCAAAGGCUUAGGAGGCGGAUUCGGAAAAGGCUUUGGCAUUGACGGUGGCAACAACUGA